AACACAGAGGUACAUUCCAAUCAACUUUCUAGAGCUUUUUCUCAACAUUUCAAAAGUGCCCAGCUCUGAAAUCAGCGUUUCAAACGUCGGAAAUCACCGUAUCAAACGCCGGCAAUUUAUCACUUCAUUUGAAACGCCGAUUGUUCACUGUGGAACGUCGGUACCCUUCGAAAACCAUACGCCACCAUCAGCUCUGAUAGCACCGUAUGGUACGCCGAACCCCACCGUCUCAUACGCUGCCGUUAUUUGACGCAAUCCGAAAAAUUUGGAAAGAAGUUGCACCUAUUCCCAGUGUUUAACCCUUUUUCAACAACACGUCUCUUCUCUUCUUCAUUUUUUUUACAUAAACCCUAACUCACUCCAACAUCAAAUCUGAACCAAAACCCACAAAUUUGGUAUCAAUCUCGCUUAGAAUUUCAAGGAGAACGUAAUUUAUGAAGUAAUUUUUGGUAAUUCUUCGUGAUUGGUGAGAAAUCAGAGCUUUAAAGUUUCGAUUUUUUUUUGGUGUUUUGUGUGUUCUUCACUCACAGUUGCACUUUUCAUCUUCAUUUGACACCAAGGAUAUGGCGGAAAACAACGGAAAACGCAAAGCCCCGGCUUCUAAGAAACAAAAGGGAGGAACAAGUGCUGCUCAUGACAGUGAGGCUAUGGAGGUCGAGUUGCCUGAAUGGUCAAGGGGUGAACGGUUAUCAAAGUUUAAAAAUUUCCAAAAAGAGUUAUAUCUUGAAAAGAUUUCAAAGGUACCUCGAAACAAAUUGGGAGUAGCUGAAAGAUUUACAAUGAUAUCAGACUUUCAGUACUAUGGGCUGGUCAAAUGCUUCCAACGAUUGGGAUGGGAAGCGGCACUCACUUACAACAAUAAUAACAAAAGUGAGGUCUAUACCGAUGAAAUUGUUGAAUGGAUGUCUACUCUGGAGAAAAAGGAUGGAAAAAACCCCCCAUUUACUACUAAACUGAUUGGUUAUGUGGGAAAUAAGAAGGUAGCGUUGUCUUUUGAAGCCAUGGACAAGAUAGUCAAAUUCGAUACGGGUGCGGUCAACCCUCAAAGAGAGUAUGAGUAUUUGUCGGCAGAGAAGAUAUUUGGUAAAGGAGAUGAUUGGCUUACAAUGUUGAGGGAAUUGUUUCAAGUUGAUGACAUUAGGGAAGAUAUGAAAUUGUACAAGAAGGAUCUGAAACCGCUCCCUAAAUUACUGACCUGCAUCCUUAACUGGAAUGUCAUUCCAAGAGCGGGAGAUAAAGAGAAGAUUCGGAAUUAUGAGAUACGAGUUUUGUAUGCUCUAAUAACCGGGAGACCCACCAUAUCUUUCAAGCAUCUUGUGCUACUUAAUGUGUGGGAGUCGCGUGAGGAUUAUGACAGGAAGAGAAUUCCUCACAUCAGAUUAUUGACUCGAGUGCUUAUGGAUGCAAAAGCCAUACCUGCAGGGGCGAAACCCUACAAAAUGAGGCAAACUCCAUUUUGUAUUGACAAAACGGAUGUAGGUGAUUGGGAUUUCCGAAAGGGAAGAUCAAGAUGUGUCCUCAUUGACAUGAAGAGUGGGCGUCGGGAAAUUUUUGAAAGAGACGACAUAACUGAAGGAUCUGACGAGGAUGAUAAUGAAGACGAGGAAGAGCAAGAACAAGGGGAGAAUGCUAUGGUGGAAAGACCACUCCAAAGGCAACAUGUCUUGUUACCGAGUACACCUAAUCCUCUUGGUUAUGGAAGGUGGUCAGCCGGUGAAAAGGCUUUGUGGCAAAGAAUUUCGAAAGAGUGUGAGACAAAUCGUCUGUGGAGGGAAGAACAAGAAAGACUUGCAGCUGAAGAAAGAAAAUUGGCAGCUGAGGAAAGAGAAAAGCAAGCUAAAGAAAGAGAGGAGCAAUCUCAGUGGAGGAUUGAACAGGCAAGACUUGCUGCUGAAAGAAGUUCUACCCAGACCCAACACCACUUGCCCACAUUAGACGCUGAGGUUAUCCUAGAACCGCCCCCGGGCUCACAGUGAUUAGGUGCAUGUCUUCUUUCCUUACCUUUUUAUUUUUGUUUUGCAUGAAGUGAAGUGUGUGAUGUCGUGCUUUCUUUUGUUUUAUGUGUUGCAUGUAGGAAAAUAGUAAUUUGGCUCUCUAGUUUGCACUUCCAUGUAGUUGCAUAUGUUUUAAGUUUUUAAUAAAGAUAUCAAUUCUAAUCGGCUAAGAAUCACAUGUGUUGUGCUUGUUUGGUGAGAUGAUGUUGCAAUAUUAAAUCUUUGAAAAGAAAAAAAAAGAGAUUGCAUGCAAAAUGGGAAAUGAUGAAACUCUGGUGUGUGGUACUUAGGCAUGAAAUUGAUCCGAAAUGGAGGGAAGAUAGGAUUUGGGAAGAUUGUAAAAAAAAAAAAAAGAAUAAUAAGCCUUCAAGUAACUGAAUUUGUGCAUGUAAGUAUGAUCAGCUAACACAAUUCAUUACAUGGCAUAACUAGUGAUUAAGCAUAGGGUCCUUUGGCAUGGUUAGCCCUUCAAGUGCUUGAGAGAAUAUGUUUAGUAAGUUAUAUAGAUAAAAAUGCCUAUUUGAGGGUAAUAUGCCAUAUGCUUGUCAACACAUGUUUCACACUUUUACCCAUAUCCUUCCAUUACCGUGAGAAUUUGAGCCUAUUCGAGCACUUUCAUAUAUCAUGCUCAUUUCUUUGUAGAGGGUUACCCAAAAUUGUGCAUUUCAUUAGAACUAGUGCAAUUAUACAUUUCAAGAUCUUGAACUGAGAUUUGUGCAAAAGUGAUAGAGGCGUUAGGAUACCCCUUUUUGAUUAACACCAUUUCAUUUGAUUAACCUACCUUAAAUUAUCCAUUAGAUCACCAAUUUGAGCCUAUUCCUUUCAUUUGUUAAAACCCACAAAUAUUCACCCAUUCACCAUGAAGCCAUCUCUACCUUUUCUUUUAACCUUUUUGAUGAAAUCCGGAUCAAAGUUGAUAGUUUGUUUAGUUUAUUGUCUCCUGAAAAAAAAAAAAAAAAAAAAGAAAAGAAAGAAAAAGCGUUGCUAUGUAUGAGGCCAAUUGACCAAAGUAUGUGGUUACAAAGAUAGCAUAAAGUGAGCAUUGUGUAUACGGGUCAAAAUAACCCGAGUGUUUGUAGGAUCCGGAUUUCUUCACCUUUUAGCCAUUUUCCAACGUUAAUUCCAAACCCUUCACCCAAGCCAACCCAUAAAGUCCUCUUGAUUUGCAUUUAGUCUUUUGUUAAUAGGUGGCGGUUUGAUUUUUGUACUAGCAUAUGAUAAUAAUGUUGCAAUUGCGGGUUGAGUGCUUCAGAAAAAAUUACUAGUACUAUUUUUACUAGUUCACAAAUGAACCCGAGGGGAGUGACACAUUGUGAGGAGUGUGAAACUUUAAGUAUUGACAAGUUGAGGCAUAUUAGGUUUAAUUAGGCAAUUUGUAUCUAUUUGCUUACUCCUUUUUAAACCAAGUCUUGUGGGUUGGGUAUGCCUUAUGACCUUAGCUGCAUUGGUGAAAAAUAUGUAUAUGUUUGUAGCUAAUCAUUACCCAAGUGUUACAUUGAAAGUUAUUUGAAGGUUGCAUCUCAUAAAAUUGUACAAUCCGUAUCAAACCUAUUUUGAACUCCUCGGGGAGACAAAGUGUCUUUGGAUUGCAAAGCAGUCUGAUCCCAUUGCAAUUCUCUUUUUCGGGACGAAAAAGAAUUAAGUUGGGGAAGUUUGAUGCGUAUGCUUUUGGUAUGCCUAAAUGGUUAAUAUUUAUAUGUUUUAGCAUCGAAUUUAUAUCGAGACAUGUUACUUUGAUGCAUUUUUACAUGUAGGGUAGCGGUGGAAGAUUGCGUGAUGAUCCCGAAUCAUAAACCUAUCACAUGGAGCUUUACACACAUCAAAGGAACUCAAGGAAAGUGAUCUAGGCUUGUUUGGAACACCCCGACGUUCACUUUAACAUGGAACCAGCGUUUGACAGUGAAGCAUGGGCGUUUGGGUUUCUGCCCGGCGUUCCAUACUCCCAAACCCGGCGUUCCAUACUCCGGGUGCAGAUACAAAACGGUUUUAUUCGGUUUUGGACAAAAAUAAAGUGGUUUUUUCGGGAUUUUUCAUUCAUUCUUCACCAUUGGAGGCUAGGAGACAUCAAGGGACAAGGAAUACUCAUUCACAAAGUGUUCUAACAUCAAGAUUGCUCCAGUUGCUACCGAAAUCGCAACAUUUCUUCAUCAAGCAUGAUCAUGUGUGGCUAAAACCCUUGUGAUCACAACCAAGGGCUAGGGUUUGUAUGCCAUUUAGUUCAAUUUGAGUUGUUUAUCUAUGUUGGACAUGAAUUCAUGGUGUUUGUUAGAGAUCUAUGACAUUUGCUAAGUUUUUAUGUGUUAUUUCAUGUGUUGAUUGUUCUUAAA